GGCGCCUUCGAAAGUGGAGGGAAUCGAACAGAGGGGGAGGCUAAACUGUACCGAAGCAAACAAUAAACAUAAACAGAGAGGCCCUGCGAGUUAAACUCAAAUUAUCACGAAUUGUGCUAAUUUCUUGCUGUUCUCGCCAUCUCGACCCUCGGUCUCCGCAAGUCUGCAAGGGCACGAGACGCACCUGCGCUUCUUUUUGCCGUUUGAUCCGUGAAAGAUUCGCAUAAUUUCCUUGGUCAAAGGAAGUUUGCGCUGGUUCGCGCCUUUGCAGGAACUUACUUGCGGGCAGCAAAAUUUAGUCAGCACCACAAUGAGUAUUGGAUGAAGUAAUGAAUCCUUCGACAUCAACGGAUCCCACAACUUUGUUCAGGAUGCGGCCGGAUCAGCCUGUUGUUCGGUUGACCCGACAUGACUUUAGUCAAGAGCAGUCCUUUACCAACAACAACAAUAAAAUUGCAGACACUUGCCGAAAAUCAGGACUGACGCCCCAAAAACAAAAAGCACCGCCUGAAAGUUCUGCAACUGUCAACGAAGAAGAUGCUGACUUUGUUGAGGAUGACUUUUAUCUCGUAUCAAGAACGUCAGCAGAAGUCAGCUCUAUGAUGAGCAAGUUCAACUGUCUGAUGAAAAUCUACACAGACAAAAAUGCCAAUUUUGAUGUUGAGCUAACCAAGUUGCUGCAAGAGUUGAUGGUGAACAUUGUUGCUCCAUCUGAUGUCUCCGACCCUCAAAAGUCAUUGAAUUUUGGCCGCAUGGCUCUGAUUCUCCAGGGGUCCACGACAAUUUAUUCCAAGAAAGUUGAAUUCCUCUCUGACCUGUUCUCUCAAUUUCUUCUCCAUCUGUCUAGUGAGAUAGGCAAAGCGGCUACGAAUGCAGAUGGCGCUGAAGAGACGCAAGCGGAGAAAACGACGGAGGCAGCAAAAACAGGACACAAAAAGAAACAGUCCUCCAAUGUUGCAACCCCUUUUACCUUGCUUGAUCUCAAAAUUAAGAAGAAUCCUGUUCCAAUAUCUCUUCGGAAGAUUCAGUUGAGACCAAAGAUUUUCCCCAUUUUGUUUGGCAAUGGCCAGUGUGAUAAGGACAAACAGAGGGUGACCGCCCUAAACCAAGACUUGGCGGGAGAAAACACAUCAUACAGAGUGUGGGCUCCAGUCAAUGAAUCGAGAGGCCUUUUAAAUCAAGAUUGUACAGAUGAUGUGCACAACAAGUUUGCAAGCUCAAUGGCGGAAAGAGGGGAAAUUGAGCCAACGGUUGACAUUGCUGAGAGAGACGUAGUUAUGGAGCCACUUGAUGAGGGACCACCUGAUGAUAAUAUAGAACCUGAUAGGGCUGAAGAAACUGCUGAUGAGUCUGAAAUCGCACCAAAUAUUGAGCCAAAUAUAGGAGAAACAGAGCCACCAGCGCCAACGAUAGAGGAAGACCCUUGGCAAACUCUGGCGCCUGGUGACACAAUAGAAGACUUAGUGCUACAACCUCAACCUCCCGUUCCAAAAUUUCAAUCAAAAAUCGAAUUGGAAAUUGACGAGCAAUUUUACUUCAAACAGUGGUACAAAGAGACUAAAAAGACUAGAGGCUGUUUUGGUGAUGAGAAUGUGCACGAGGGUCUAGCGUUAGAAAAAGAGGGAAAACUUCUUGAACAUGCCAAAAAUGAUAGUAAAAGAAAACGCAUUGACAUUGAUUCUGAUAGAACAGGAAAGAAAACAGCCGCCUCCUUGGAAGCUUUUCUGGCUAGCACAGAAAGUGAUGAUGAAGAUGUUUUGGGCUUCUGUGAUGACAAACCUGUGUACAAAAACUCUGUCCCCGACAUGCCAAACGUAGUUGGCAUAGAAGACUGGUCCCUUGAUCCUGAUUUUGAAGACGCCCCGUUCGAAGCUCCUCCUGCUGACGAACAACCUAGUGAUGUGACAACAAACGAAGACGAGCCAACAGAUGACACUCUUGGCUUGGCCGUACCAGCUGAAGAUGCUAAGAAUGCUGCUGCUCGAGUCGAUGGCUUCAUCUCAUUCAUGAAGCAGCAGUUUGUGGAAAAUGAAAAGAAGAAAAAGUUUUCUUUCCAAACCUUUUGUGACUCAAUUCUUGGAGCAUUUCCUCCGUCAUGUAAUGUUGUUGAGCCUGAGAGUCAACCAAGACUGGGAUUCCAUGAGCUGCUGGAUCAAGUGUCAACUGGUCAAGACCAGGACAUUGCGAGGCAGCUUUUGGCUACUUUGAUGUUGGCCAAUCGUCAAAAUGUUGAAAUUGAGGGGUUUGAGGAGGGCGUUCUGGCCAACGAUUCCCUCAGCAUCAAAUUGCUCAACCGAAGCAAACAGUCGUUGAAUUUUGAAGAGGACGACCAGUACAAUUCAUAAUUUAAGACUUUUUUUUAGGGAUCUAGGUAAACUGCCAAAUCAAUUUAUUUUAGUACUGGUACUUUUUGACUCCAAACAUAAUAACAGUGUGAUAGAAGUUUUUAGCGAUCCAAUUUUUUGUGCGCUUGUUAAUGAUUUUGGGGUAAUUAAUUUUCUUACAAUUUUCAUACAGGUUGUUCAAAUACUAAAAGCAUUUUGGUCUCAGGACUUAAAAAUUAUGGUCAGUUUUCACGUCAGCAAAGAUCAGCUAACAAUUGCCAAAUAAUUUUAUACUACUUAACUUUUUUCAGUCAUUUCGCUUGCUGACUAAUUAACUCAUUCCUUAUGUUACAUUAUUGGAUUAAAUUAUUUAAAAAAUAAUGAUUUGAAAGACUCUGCAAAUAAGUGAAAUACGCUGUGCGUUUCUAUACCGGUAAUAAUAUUUGAAGUACAAUGUAAUAUGCUGUUAGUCAAUAAAUUAUUAAAUUAAUGAGUUGCUAUUUGGAUAAUAAAUAA